AUGGCGUCGAACUUGCCGAAGAUCUCGCACGUCCUCGAACUUUGCCUUUAUGCCCGCAACCUCUCUGCCUCCGUCCACUUCUACUCCAAGACUCUGCGCCUCGGCGAGCCCUUCCUCAACUCGGAGCGCAUGGCCGGCUUCUCGCUCGGCUCGACCACCCUCCUCCUCUUCCAGCGUGGCAAGACCUUCGACGACAGCGUCAUGCCCAACGACCGCGGGCUCAUACCUGGACAUGGACUUGCUCCGACGGCAGAAAGCGACAAGGUCAAACUCAAGACGCACUUUGCGUUGGCGGUUGAGAAGAACGAGGAGAUCGAGGAGUGGGAGCAGGAGUUCAAGGAGAAGGAGGUCAAGAUCCUGGGCAAGGUGGAGUGGCCAAAGGGCGGAAAGAGUCUGUACUUUGCGGACCCGGACGGGCAUGUAGGCGAGCUUGCGGCGCGCGGAAUCUGGCCGCACUGGUAA